AUGCGGCCGUCCUCCCUGUUCACCGUCUUCUUGUUCUUCCUCGCCGUAAAUUCAAUCCCUCCAGAUACCUCUCUUCGACGCCCUGAGAUCAAUUCGUAUGCAGCCCUCGGGGACUCCUAUGCUGCCGGAGUUGGAGCAGGCACGAUUCGAUGGCCCCCUCAUCCCGACUUUGGAUGUGGGCGCUAUUCAGACUCCUAUCCAAGACAAGUAGCCAACCACUCUUGCUUGAAGGUGGAAGAAUCGAACUUCAAGAACCUCGCAUGUGGUGGCACUGCCAGCUCAGCUGUUUUGCGCAACCAAGUUCCCUACAUUCGCGGGUCGGAUUUGGUCACCAUUACGGUUGGUGGAAACGAGGUCGACUUUUCCGUGAUUCUCAAUGAAUGCAUCUACCACUGGAACCCGACUUCCACUUGCGAUGCUGAACUGGUGAAGGCGAGAAUGCUGAUUGAAUCCGCUGUGCUGUGGAAUAAUCUUGACGGAGUCAUUUCCGGGGCUAUCAAACAACUGAAGCCCAAUGCAUUGUUGCUCAUAACGGGAUACGCGAGGUUUUUCAACGAGGAAACUGCCUUUUGUGAUCACGCCACAUUCAGUCAGACGAAACCAUUGGACUACUUGACCAAGUCCAAGAGGAAAGCGCUGAAUCAGCUUGUGAGCAUGUUGAACGAUGUGAUUCAGGCGAUGGCGGAAGUCCACGGCGCUGUUUACGUUGAUCUCGACAAAGCGUUUGAGGGGCAUCGUUUCUGCGAGGAAGGAGUCAAAGAGCCAGACAUUGAAAGGAGUGAGACUUGGUUCUUCAACCUGUCCCCUCCGGACACAGGUACGACUGAGAUAGAACGCAGCUUACAGAUACAAGCGGGGGGGUUGGAAGUGGAUGAGUUGGAGGUAGGGACCAGCGAUAUUCUCCCAAUAAAGAAGUGGAGGACAUUUCAUCCAACGAGUCUGGGGCACAAAGGUAUCUCGGAGCAAAUUGUGAGGGAGGUGUUGGAUCGAUCAGGAUCCGCUCGAUGA